GGAUAGGUCAGGGCGACGUAGCUUUAUAAUGCCACCCCCCUCCUUCUUGUAUCCACAUUCCACUUAAAAGUUCUGUCUAUUCAGCACACUGGCUGAGUCGUGUUACUUAAUUGCUUCAGCUCUUCCUUCGCCGGCUGUUCACUCUAGUCAUACCACUACAACCAUCACCACGAUCAAAGUAACGCCGUUAAAUAAUUUGCGCACACGUAUAAACUUUUUAUUUUUACCAUCUUUUUUGUGGAUAUAACAUACUUUUUGUCCAUAAACGCAUUCGUGACUAUAAACUAUUUUUUUUUCAACCGAUUGCAAAUAUAUUGUAUUUUGAGCGGGAUAAGAAUUUUGAUCUCCAUUUUCUAUUGCUGUUAAAUAUAUUUUGAAUGACCACAAAGCAAGAUGUCUGCAAUUAAUGGAACUGAAUAUAAACUGAAAUCAAAAAAUCAUCCUCGUCGCAGUGCUGAAGCCCAAGCGUACGCCUUAAGAGUCCGUGAUGGAACUGGAAAUUUAUUUGGUACCAGCAACACACAGAAUGGUGAUGCUUCUCCCAGAGGUGGCGUACGUCUCCGAACAGCAGAAGCAAAACGCAAUUAUGACCUUAAUAAAGGAUGCAUGACUGAAGUGAUGGGUGGUGGAUUGAGCAGUUCUGAAAACCAGCCUCCAGCAGUUAACCAAAGUGAAAGUUUUCGUACAGCUGAAAGCAACAAAGGUGAAGCUAUGCGUAACCUAAUGGAUAAAUAUGGAGAGUUAGAUAUCAUUGAUCGUCCUAUACCAAAGCUGAAAGGCGAAGAUGCUCAACAUUAUGCUGACCGAAACCAUGGCACUGUGGAUAUUUUGUUCCACAACUAUGGCAACAAUGAAAAUAUUCCAAAUCCUCCUGUCGCACAGCGAUUGGGCCAAGGGGCUCUUGAAAAUGCCAAGAAAAAUCUUGGUGCAGAGAUGGGACCUUUGUUACGUAUGGAAGGUGAAAAACCAGUUGCCAAUGUAAAAUAUAGCCGUCUUCACCAAGAGUCCAAGAAUGCCUCCUAUCGAUGGAAUCGUCAUCGUAAAGGGCUAAGUUGGGACGAAAUCCCUCCUUCCACACGACUCCGCCCUGAAGGAGAACAGAUUGUAGCCCGCUACAACAACGGUGCCAUGAAGGAGAUAAUGGGAAUGAAUGAAGAUAACACAAACCACAGUGGUACCAGUAGUGAACACAGGUCAUCUCCAAAGGUGAACGGGCAGCCACACUAUGAGCGUAAUGGAAAUUUCUUGAACGGUUAUUCCAGUGGCCAUAGCCGUGGGCAUGUGUCUCCAACUCGCACCAAACCUGAAGCAUGGGAAUACCACAACAAAAACAAGCAUUCUGAAGUUGGCGCUAUCAUCAGAGGAGAGCCUUUGCCUGUUACACCCAGUGGCAGGAAAGUUACGAACAGAAAUCUGGUUCGCUCUGAAGAGUGGUGAUACCUUUUCUGCCAGCAUUUUUAAUUGUGAAAUCAUCAAGGAGAUUGGCUUGUGAAAUUUGACUAUUUCGCGAAACAUUUUUUUCAUUUUUAUUAAUGGGGACAUUUUAGGUGUAAAACACCAAGUAAAGGUUGGAAGGUUUAGGGGUUUGUAUAUAGAUCUAUGUGUAUAUGCAUGUGUAUACAUGCAUAAAUUUGUAUGUAUUUUUGUAUGUAUAUGCAUAGAGAUGUAUGUAUGCCUGUAUGUAUGAAUGUGUGUAUAUGCAUAGAUAUGUU